CUUGCUUAUAUGCAUUUUGCUAUAACUACAGGACCUGAAGCAUAUGCUAAACAUACAGUUGUUCAUUGUGCACCCCUCCAGCCCGACGGCUGAUAGCUAUCUGCUUUCGCGUUAUCUACCCUGAACUAGGACAGGCUGUGGUGGAUUUCACAACGGACUUUAUGGCUGUGAGUUUUAGUUCUAGUAGAUUGUAAAGUAGAACUGCGGAGCAAGAUACCUACCUCCAGCGACAGUGCUUUGCUGGGAACCCGCCCGGAGCUUUGAUUGCAAGCCAGCUGGCGUAUCUCGGCGCCAUGGAGCUGGACCCCUCUACACAGGCCACGCCUUACCUAGAAGGCGGAGCUCGCCUUAGCAGCUUGCUUGUUGAGAUCAUUCUCCACAUUCUGGAGCAUACGCCACAUGCCAGCUUCUUUCGUUCAUCGGUUUCAUGCGCCUUGGUCACCGAUUACCGGGACUUUGUACCUGAAGCUCAGGAAAUGCACUUGGGGAACAUACUGGAACGGGCUCAAUCUCAGCUCUACGUCUCCAUCGCUGCGUUUCGCGAGGAUUUGCAGCGCAUUCGGCACAACGCCAUCGCUUAUAAUGGCCCAAAUGGUGGCAAGCAUGGAUACGAGCCUGUCAUCUACUGGGCUAACGACCUCAUCGCGGCUGCGGAACAGCAGCUGCAGCUAAGGAUGCCUGCGCUGAUCUCCGCUGAGGAGCAGCAACAGGUUGAUCUCCAACAUUCGGACGCAACAGUCACCGUGGCCAUCAGCCCCACCGCCGCAUGGCUCGCCAACACCGCCGCCGCACCGCGACAUGGCACCAGCAACGGCGCCAAGACCGCAGCAUCCGGCCACCCGCACGAUGGCAACCUCGCGAAGCCCCUCCCUGCUGCUGUCCCAUCGUCUCCAUGCGGCGACAAUCAGCAGCAGACAUUCAUUCAGCCCCAUCACCUGCAGCCGCCGCAGCACCUGCAGCCCCACCAAAGUGCCAACGGAGGAGCAGCAGUGGCCGACCCAGCCGCAGCGGCACCCGCUUGCGGACUCCUCUCCUCCUCACAGCUGCAGCAGCCAUGCAGCCAGGCAACCCAGGAGGAGGAGGGGUCAAGAUGCCAGCAGGGGGGACAGCAGCAGCAGCAGCUGCUGGCGAGUCCCUCUCGUAGCAGCGGCAGCGGAGGGGCAGGCGGUGCUGCGGCCUUUAGGAGCGGCAGUGGAGGUGGUGGCGGCGGCAGUCGAACCACCACCCUGCAUUCGGGCCUGGACGCCUUGCUGGCAGCAUGUGAACUAGUAGCGGAGCAGGAGAGUGCCGCAGCCGCUGCUGCAGCUGAGAGCGCUGCUGCGGCCGCUGCCGCUGCCGAUGGCGGUGAUGCCAUGCAGGGAGCAGCAGUCGCAGCAGCGUGUUGUACGGAGUACGGCGAGUACGGAAGGGGUUGUGCGGCAGGUGCAGGUGCCUCUGGGGUGUUGGGGCCGGCUCCCUUAUCGCCUCAGCGGACCUCAUACCCCGGGGGCUGCACCUCCUCCUCACCACUGGCGCUGCAACGGUCGCAUUCGCAACAGCAGCAGCAGCUGCAGUUGGCGCUGGUGCCUUUGCGGGGCCUGGCUGGCUCGCAGCAGCAGCAGCAGCCUCAGUUGCUGCUGCAGCCGCUGCAACACCCGCCGCCGAUGCCUCUGUCGCAACACAACCUGCACCCACACCCGCACCAACCGCAGCAGCAGCAGCACGGGAGUGUAGGCGGGGGGUGCUCCCUGGACGAGACGGCGGCGUCCUCGGAGGAUGGCUGCAUGGCCGUUUGCAGCGGCCGCAGCAAUGGCGGUGACGUGGGUGGACCCACGGGUCGCUCGGGUGGCGGCGCCUCCCAGCAGACCUGCAGCUCCUACCUGGCCUCCAACGCCUUCAAGAACCGCCGGCACAAGAGCAAGGUGUACAUCAAGCCCAACAAGGUGGUGUACCUUCCCACCACCUUUGUGGAGGAGGAGUUCGAGGUGGCCUGCCUGCCGCUGGACUGCUGCCUGCUGGUGGAGGCGGACGGGGCGGACACGGAGGAGGUGUUCAGGGUGACCAUCAAGGCCGUCCCCCGCGCGGGUCUGUCAACCAUGUACUGCAUGACAAACGUGAUGCGCUUCCAGCAGCGCUACCUGCACUGGCAGAUCGCCAACUGGACGAGGCUGGAGGACGGCAACAUACGCAUCCACCUGCACUCGCCAGCGGCGGCAGCAGCAGGGGCAGUGGCGGGCCAGGGGGGCGGCAGCAGCGGCCAGCAGCAGCACCGGCAGGACAUGAGCCGGGAAGCCAGCCUGACAGAGGUGCAGGUGGGCUCGCGCGGCGCGGCUCCCUGCACCAGCGACGACAGCUACCAGCCCGGAGGCAGGGGGGAACAUAGCGGCCUGCAGCCGGGGGCAGGGGCGGGACGGUACGGCGGGGGCGGCGGCAGUGGUGGCGGCGGCAGCGGCGGGGGGUCGUUGAAGCGCCGGAGCGACACUGGCGCUGUGGGUCGUGCAGGAGGCGGGUACCCGGGCGGCGGGGGGGCGGAGCGGCGGCUGGGGCCAGAGCUGGGCGGCAGGGAGGUGUUCCCGCCCGAGCUCCGCAUGUCCUCCACCGGCUACCCCCUGCACCUGCAGCACCUCGCCCACCACCACCGCCACCACCACCUCCACCUCCCCCCCCACCACCAGCAGCAGUACCCGCCCAGCAGCCCGUCCGCAGCGGCAGCCGCGGCGCCCGAGAGCCCGCCCGUCAGCCCGCAGCGCCGCACCUCCCACUCGGCCCCCCCCUGCCACCCCGGCCCUCCCCUGCCGCCGCCGCCCCGUGCACCCCCGCACCUGCAGCAGUACCCGCCGGGUUGCCAGCCGCUGCUGCUGCCGCCGGGGCUGGGCAUGCUGCCAGGUCUGAUGCUGGGCCCAACCGCUGAAGCAGCGCCCCACAUGCAGCAGCUGCUGUCGGCGGUGCUGCAGCAGCAGCAGCACCCGGGGCUGGUGCUGCCGGCGGGGCUGUUCCCCAUGCAGCUGCUGCCUUCGGCCGCCGCACUAGCAGCAGCGCCGGGAAUGGCAGAUGGGUUGAAACAGGAGCUGGGAGGGGGUAGUGGUGGAGAUGGAGGCGGAGGUGGGGGGGCGCUGGGAAUGGGAAUGGGCAUGCUGCCGUUCUCAUCCCUCCUUGCGCCGCCUCCUGCAUCGCUGCUGGGCAAUGGAGGUGCAGCAGCAUGCGCAGGCCCGGUGGCGGGGGCUGCAAGCGACUCGCUGGCACUCGGCUUGCAGCACCAGCAGCAGUUGAUGUCUUCACUGCCACCGCUGCCGCUGACCUCCCUGCCCAUGUCGCAUGUGCAAUCCCUGGAGCAACAGCUGCAGCAGCUGCAUGACUUGUCCCAACAGCUGCAGCAGGCGUCAGGAGCAGCAGGAGGGGGAGAUGGCGGGCAGGGUUCGCAGCAGCAAGCAGCAGAAGCGGGAGGAGGAGGAGGAGGAGAGCUGCAGGGCCUUGCGACGUUGCAGUUGGCCGCGAUGCACCAGCUGCAGCAACAGCAGGCGGCGCAGCAGCAGCAGCAGGAGGCGCGAGAGGCGCAGCAACGUGUGGAAGACCAGCAGCAGCAGCAGCACCCGCAGCGAAAGAGGAAGCACCAGCUGCAGUUGCAGCCCCUUCAAUCGCACCAUCAAAGGCCGCCGCUACCACCACCACCGCCGUCGCAGCAGCAACAACAACAGCAGCAGCAACAGGAGCAGCAGCAGCAGUACCUGCUACCUGCCAUACAUCCCAACGGCGACCAAGCCAACGGGCCAAACAACGCCAAUAACGCCAGCAACGGCAACCAUGACGGCUCAACCAGCUUCCCUCUGAACAGCCUGCCGGGCAUGCCUGCGCCCCGCGGCACCGGCACCGGCACCACCGCAGCGGGGCUCUUCCUGCAGCCCCUGCGCCUGCAGCCCCUCUCAGCGCCCUCGUCCGCUGAUGCGCCUCCGUCCCUCUGCCUGCCUCACUCCUCCUCCCUUCCCGCCGUCCUCCAAACCAGCGAGGAAGGGGGGCUCCAGCCCCAGCACCUCAACCCGCAGUUGGAGCUGCUUCGUGCCAGCUCCUGCUACGCACGCCUGUGUGAGGAGGGUGGAGGCGGGGGUGGAGGCAGCAGCGGUGCAGCGGGCGGUGGCGAUGGGGGCAGCGGGGGAGUGAGGGGCAGGAUGGGUCCGAGCCAGUUGCAGCACGGUGGCAUGAUGGCUGACCCGAUGCGGAUGUCGGACUUUGGCCCGCUGGUGUUUGACAUUGGCAGCGGUGGCGGGUCGGGGCAUGCGGCUGGGAAGGGGGGCGGCGGCGGCGGCAGUCGGCGAGCAGCAGGAAACGCAAGCAACACAUCAGCGGCAGCCGCGGCAGCAGCAGCAGCCGCGACCUCGGAACUGGGUCUCCGUGCCUGCACGGCUGAAGAGCUGAAGAGCCUGCUGUCACCCAGCAAGCGUUGCAAGGUGGCAGGGGGCUGCGGAAACGGCAGUAGCAGCUGCAAUGCACAGCAGCUGCAGGUGGCUACAUUAGCAGCAGCAGCAGUCCACAGUGAGGGGGGCGUCAGCAGCAGCGGUGGAGGCGCCCUGCCUUGUGCGGCGGCGGCGGCAGCAGCAGCGGGUGGCGGUUGCAUGCCGGAUAUGCCGGCAGAGCGUAUCGGACCCAUGGGUCUGCGGUUGAGUCCGCUGAUGCCUGAGGCGGCUGGGGCGGCCCUGUUGGCCUUGUGCGCGGGAGCGGGCCUGCAAGCGCCCGGUGCGUUUGCAUUCCCGACGUCUCUGCAACCUCUGGCAGCAGCAGCGGCUGCGGAUCCGAGUUCGGUGGGCGCGCGGCCGUUCCUUCAACAGCCAACUGUGUUUCCCGAACUGUUGGGUCGUCUGGUGUGAGGGCCGGCAUCGCUGACCCAUGGGUCACCAUGACCAGGAGGUUGUUAUUGCCGUUGCCGAGCUGGGCAAAGAUGCCCCAGCUGCCAAGGUUCUAGUCUUGCUUACGUGAUGCGGGUCGGAGAGUUGACACGCACUUCCGAGCAUCAGCGGUGGGCGCGCAUGAGCGGCUGCGGGGUAUGGGUGUCCUCCCUGCUGUCGUGGUUAGCUGCGUGGGGGGCACGGAUGCAGGGGGGACGUUAGCUCCUCCCUGCUGCAGUGUUGCUGCGGGUGGUGGAGGUGCUCUGGCGGGUUGCAGAGGUGCGCGCUGACGACACGGGUUCAGGGUUGCAGCGGGAGGUGUUGCGGCGCUGGAGGGCGGGCAGAAGGUCACACGUGUUGUUUGCAGCCGGAGCCCCGGAGGAAGCGGAGGUCAUGGCGAGGGGUGCACCGGUACCGCUUUGACGCCGUUCGGGGCUUCUCCUCUCCUCUGGGGGCUUUGGUCUCUUUCUCAUUCUUGGAAUACGUUCGGUAUCUUCUUCUUUGUGGUCAGAUGGGUGUGCAUUGCUGUGGCGCGAGGUGCAUGCGUUGAGUUGAUGUAGAACUUUAAUACACGUAAUUUGAAAACUCGGUUGACAAAAAUGCAAGGGCGGCGCUUCUUUGUUGUGUGCAAGGACGCCGUUUGUUACACAUGCCUUCGUUGUGGGUUAGCUGGUGCUGUUGUUGUCACGGGGAUAUGGCGUUCACUUGACCAUCCUAGUCUUUUGACCGUUGUAGAGUUGUUGAGGGUAACCCUGCGUGCCCCACCAUUGCAUGCGUGUGUGGCAUGCAGGCGAGGUACAUGCAUGGCGCAUUGUGUAUGAAUAACAGUUGCUGGGAGAGAGAUACGGAGCGUGUGUUGACGUAUACCCCGGCAUAUCACGCCGCGCCGUUGCGUCACCUCUGCCUUCAGAGGACUCCUUCACCUGCUGCGGGACACUUGUUGGGAGGAGGAGGGGGCAAUCACGGGGGCUCUUCCGGUGUGCAGGCCGGGCGUGCAGUGCAUGAGUUGGUUGGUUGACUGUGGUUUGUGCUGCCAUCGGUGUCUGUGCACUGGUUGAGUUGCUUGUAGCUUCCUUACCUUACCUUUUGACUCCGGGGUAACAUCGUGUCGCAUGGACUCUGAACCUUCUUGCAUGUUUUUCACCAUGACCAGCAAGAAUCCUUGCAAAGGACAAGCCGAGUUUUGUUGACGUGGUUACACGGGCGGUGGUGGUGAAUGGGUUUGGGAGCCCUUCAAUCCUGGGUCGAUGGAUUGUUGCUUGGGUGAACGUGGCUCGACCAUUUCUGGCGCGCGACGAGCUGGAAGGGGAAUAACGUGGGCUCGUGGCACGUAAAAGUGGCUUGCCUUGCCCUGCUUUGUUCCAGGUUCGUGACUGUGGGAUGCUCUUCUUCUACGAGAGUGUGCACAUCUCUUCCUUUAGCGUACAAUACGUGUCGUUUGUUUCAUUGCAGUACAUUUGCUAUAGGACCUACCGCCCCUCACGUGUCAUGUGGGCAAGGAAGGGGUUCAGCAAGCCGCAAGAGGCCAUCGUGCCAGCUACGGUGGCUAUGUAAGCCAGUUAGGCACCGACCCACUUCGUUCUUAGUGGAAACGGCGAUGUGGGUCACAAGCCACAUCUAUCGCGAAUGAGGCAACAGCUGCUUUUCAGCGCCAGAGCACCCGUCCAAACAUGCGUGUGGCGAUGAGCUCGACUCCGACGGUUGAUGUGCGCGGCUGCCGAGCAUUGAAUAUCGAGUACCUGCUGUCGCCCUUUACUCAUUCGCCUUCACGCCUCCACUCAUUCACGCCUUUAUUCAUCCCGCUGCCCCAGCCCAUGCAACCCUGGCCCUCGCACCACCCGGUGAUGUCGAUUAACGCGGGGAAUGUAAUUGGGGAAUUGGGUCGGGUUCUUGGGCCGAACGGCGGCAGCGGAUGCUGCAUGCUGCACCCGAGAACCAUGGUUCGUUACUAAUGAGUCGAGCAAUUGUAUGUAGCCAUAUUGGCUUCGCGUACCAGCGUUAAAUAUUGCGGAUGAGUGGAUCCAAACAUGUAAGCGAAAC